AUGUCUGCACCUCAACUGUAUGACUGGCUUGUGCAGACCCCAGCAAAUGCCGAAGACCUUGAAAACCGCAUCAACACACGCCCUGCACACCUUGAGCACAACAAGCCUCUCAUUGAAGGGGGGAUUCUUGUCUGGGGUGGUCCUUCGCUGGCCAAACACCCGCAAGCUCCCGGUGAUGAACUCCUCGUUACCGGUAGUGUGAUGUGCAUUCGGGCGGAGAGUGAAGAAGCUGUGCGAGCCAUUAUUCGGAAUGAUCCUUACGCUAAAGUUGGAUUUUGGAAUGCAGAGGCGGCGGUGGUUACUCCAAUGAAAUGUGUAGUUCGAAAGCCGCUUUGA